AUGACGCAGCUUUUCGCGUCUAGUCCAUCGGCCAUGUCUAACGAAAAACGCGGGAAUUUCCCCGGCCUUACGCUGCCCUCUCGCAAACACUCCAACGAGUCGGGUCACCUUCCUACAAAGAUUAAAAACUUUUUCCGGAUCAAUAGUUCCAGCAGCCAUUCAUCAGUGCAGAGCGGCAGCCCGUCCAGCAAUGAGCGCGAGCGGGAAAACGCUUCUCCUGCCAAGAGCGAAAAGACAUUCCGCCAGUCUCGAUUCCUGCCUACCAUCGGCCGCAACCGCUCAACAACAGUUGCCAGCGAAGGCAAUCCCCUUGACGACGGAGUCUCGCCUACGGCGACUGCCAAUCCAUACUUUGCCCACCAGGGUCAACCUGCAUUGCGACAUCGGAACGAUGGGUCUGUGCCCUCAUCCCCGCCUGAUACGCCUGAGCUACAGGUCACUGGGGUUUCGGCUGCGGAGCAGGCUACUACCGCUAACAAAGAAGAGCUAGCUCGCAAGCUGCGUCGUGUGGCGUCUGCUCCCAAUGCCCAGGGUCUCUUUGCAAGCGGAGAAGAUCGUCCUCAGGCUGCUGAGAUCAGCAAAGAGGCUCUUGCUGAGUUUCCAGGUUCGGAUUCAGCCAACGAAAAAGAGCUUUCCCUUUCUGUGCCCUCUAUCGGUCUGGCCCAUAAGCUAGCCAACGAGGAGGGCAGUUUCCGCCGCACAUACAGCUCGAAUUCGAUCAAGAUUCGUAAUGUGGAGGUGGGACCUGCUAGUUUCGAUAAGAUUAAGUUGAUUGGCAAGGGUGAUGUCGGAAAGGUAUACUUGGUCCGCGAGAAGAAGUCGAGCCGUCUCUAUGCCAUGAAAGUCCUGAGCAAGAAGGAAAUGAUUAAGCGAAACAAGAUUAAGCGUGCUCUAGCUGAGCAGGAAAUUCUGGCAACAUCGAACCAUCCGUUCAUUGUCACCCUGUACCACUCGUUCCAGUCCGAGGAUUAUUUGUACCUCUGCAUGGAGUACUGCAGCGGAGGAGAGUUCUUCCGAACUCUUCAAACUCGGCCUGGCAAAUGCAUUUCGGAGGAUGCUGCCAGAUUCUAUGCUGCUGAGGUGACUGCUGCCCUCGAGUACCUCCAUCUGAUGGGUUUCAUCUACCGUGAUCUUAAGCCUGAGAAUAUUCUCCUACAUCAAUCUGGUCAUAUCAUGCUUUCGGACUUCGACUUGUCAAAGCAGUCCGGACCCGGCGGUGCUCCUACUAUGAUUCCUGGCCGAGUUGGCGGAAACGCCAGUGCUGCUCUUCCCACCAUUGACACCAAAUCCUGCAUUGCGGAUUUCCGCACAAAUUCUUUCGUUGGAACUGAAGAGUAUAUCGCCCCUGAGGUCAUCAAAGGCUGCGGACACACUAGUGCAGUCGACUGGUGGACUUUGGGUAUCUUGAUCUAUGAGAUGUUGUACGGAACCACUCCAUUCAAGGGCAAGAACCGUAACGCAACAUUUGCCAGUAUCCUGCGUGAUGAUGCGCAGUUCCCCGAGCACUCGGGUGCGCAACCGACAUCUAACUUGUGCAAGUCUUUGAUUCGCAAGCUCUUGAUCAAGGACGAGACCAAGCGUCUCGGUGCCCGUGCCGGUGCAUCGGAUGUCAAAACCCACCCCUUCUUCCGGACGACGCAAUGGGCACUCAUCCGCCAUAUGAAGCCACCCAUGAUCCCAACUCAGGGUCGUGCUGGUACAGACACAGUGAAUUUCCGCAAUGUCAAGGAAAGUGGCAGUGUGGAUAUCGGUGGUACCAACCCCGCCAAGCUGAAGGGAGUCCCCAUGGAUUCUGGCCUGGCAACGCCCAACGCCGAGCUGAACGAUCCUUUCGAGGAAUUCAACAGCGUCACUCUCCACCACGAGGGAGACCACUGA